UGAAUGAGAGAUUAGAGGACCUCAGAGCGCACAGACACACCAGGCUGCACAGUCUCAGCCGGAUGCACAUUAAAUUACAUUUUUUUACACGAUUAAAACUCAUUAGAGGUGAUUUUUAGCCAAAAAAAUCUUAAUAUUAUGAACUUUUGGCACAUCUUCUGUCAGUCCGCUGCUGAGGGAAGCUCUCCAUGUGAUGCCUCACCUUUGCGCAACAGGUUCCGCUCCACACAUUUAACCUUCUCCAGCUCCAUGUAGGAAGAAGAAGAACAUGCUGUCACCGUUUCGGCCCUUUGGCACCGAGCAGGAGAUCAACUCAUGGGAUGUAGUGGCUGCAGAGUCAGGCUCAACUUUGGGAAGGCGCUGUCCAGAGUGUCGGUGUUCCUCGCCAUGGUCCUAAUCUUCACCUACUUCUUCUACUGCCUCACCGGCUUCUGCGACUCGGUUCCGAGGACUUUGUACAGUCAGGGAGCUCUAGAAGGAGACUAUGACACUUUGGACGAUCGUCGCCGCAUUCUGGAGGAGCGGGGACCGCGUCUCUUCCCUCCGCGGAACCGCACAGCCUCCGCGGACGCGCAGCAGGUGGACGCAGCGGGAGGACUGGCGCGGCGCAUGUCGGAACCGGAGGGCGCACCGAGCAACGGCAUCCCGGUGUCCAACACGUUCGGGACCAAAAGGUUCCCGCAGGCGAUUAUAAUCGGCGUGAAGAAGGGAGGAACCCGCGCCCUGCUGGAGUUCCUCCGCAUCCACCCGGACGUCCGAGCGUUUGGCGCUGAACCGCACUUCUUCGACCGGUUCUAUGAUAAAGGGCUGGAGUGGUACAGGAACCUGAUGCCUCGGACGCUGGACGGCCAGAUCACCAUGGAGAAGACUCCGAGCUACUUCGUCACCAAAGAGGCUCCAGGUAGAGUCUGCACCAUGAACUGCCGAACCAAGCUGAUCGUAGUGGUCCGGGAUCCGGUUACGAGGGCCGUGUCCGACUACACCCAGACCCUCUCCAAGAACCCGGGCCUUCCGUCCUUCCAGAGCCUGGCCUUGAAGAACUCCUCCACGGGGCUGGUCGACACCACAUGGAGCGCCGUUCGCAUCGGCCUCUACGCCAAACACCUGGAGAACUGGCUGCAGCACUUCCCGCUGUCUCACUUCCUGUUCGUCAGCGGUGAGCGGCUGGUGUCGGAUCCAGCUGGGGAGAUGGGUCGAGUUCAGGACUUCUUGGGUUUGAAAAGGGUGGUCUCGGACAAACAUUUCUACUUCAACCAGACUAAAGGUUUCCCCUGCUUGAAGAAGCCGGAGGGGAGCAGCAGGCCUCGGUGCCUCGGGAAGUCUAAAGGCCGACCUCAUCCUCAGAUCCCCUCCGAGGUGCUGCAGAGGCUCCGAGACUUUUACCGGCCCUUUAACCACCAAUUCUACCAGAUGAGUGGGCAGGAUUUUGGCUGGGACUAACACAGGAGAGUCUUUAUUUACUGUUUCCACGAGGCUAAAGUUCUCAGGGAGAGACAAAGUCCAUUCGGCUUCGGUGGAAUCGACCAGACGCAGCAUUCAUGAACUGUUUUGUUGACAAAGUGCUGCUAAUAUGCAAGUUACACACAUAAUUAUUGGCUUAGCUAUUAAACCACUAAACCAUCUCCUGCCUUUCAAUAUCACUUUCUUCAUGUUUUGUCUAUAAAAUAAGCUGAUAUUUAUAGUUUCUGUUGAUAUGAAAUACAAGAAUUACUUUUUUUUAAAUGAAAGAAAUGUAUUUAUUAGAUGACGACACGUUAACUCACGUCAACGAUACUCCGUUUAUAUUUUCAUUGCAUUUACUGUUUCCAAAAGGCCUCUAAAGGAUGCUACAUAUCUGUAAUAUACCAAUGAUACCUCACGUGUAAAUAACAAACUGAAAACACACAUACACACAUUCCAUUUGUAGGUAUUUGUAGAUAUUUUUCCCCUCAGAGCUGCAUCAUAUUCUAUAUUUUAAUUGCUUUGGACGGUACCAACUGUAUCAGCUGUUACUUAAAUAAAUUCCUAUUUUGACCUGUGAUUAUUUGGAAACCAUUUUGAGCUCCAUAUGUAAAGAAUGCAAGAGUGGAAUGAUGUAUAUAAAAACUUAAAUGAUUUUCUUUUUCUGUGUUGUGAAGUAAAGUUUUUUCUGAUAUGA